UUCCGGGCAUAUCGAUGUUUUUCAAUCCACCAUCAAAGCGAAUCGAUACCAAUAACAAUAAUUCUAGAGUGCAUUUCAGUUUAUUAGUUUGUAGUUACAUAGCAAAAUGCGCGUUUAUUUUGGCUCAGUAAAUUAAGAACAUUUUCGUUACACGUUGCCUCGCCCCCCAUCCAAACGGCAAACCACCCCCCGCCUCCGCCUACAAUAAGACAGAGAGAGGGAUAGAAUAAAACAGAGAGAGAGCAACAACAACAAUAUAAAACCAAAACGAAAGAUUUCCGAAAGAAACCACCAAAAAAAACAACAAUUGCUUCGGUUCUGGUGAUUCUCGUAACAGCAAAAACAACAGGAUUUUAAAUCUAAAUCAAAAGAAGCUGUGCUCUCUGCUGUGCGUGUCUGUGAGUGCGUUUGUGCGGUACGGUGCGUGCAUUAUAACAAUUAUUGCACAAAAGGCAUGACAAACGUGGGGCGGGGGUGUCUGUAAAUGUGAGUGCGAUAGAGCGCGACAUAUUCAAACAAGCUAGGGACGGAGUAAGAGAGCGAGGGAGAGAGAGAACGCGACGGUGGCAACAACAAAGGGCUGUGAUUUUACUUUGCCCCCUCCACCCUGUACCCCGUCCCCUCCUCACACUUGCGUAUUUACCAAAUAAACGGAACAUACAUAAGCCAAAAUAGGCAGAACAACAACAACAUUGAGAGUCAACUAAACAGCAAAUCGAAUAGUUUCGUGGGAGAAAGGACAGUGGAGCAGAGUCAUUGGAAAACUGGCCGCGUAAGAGAGCGCAAUGGAUGUCCUGGAAAUGCUGCGCGCCAGCGCCAGCGGCAGCUACAACACAAUCUUCUCGGACGCGUGGUGCCAAUAUGUUUCCAAGCAGAUCACAGCAACGGUGUACAUGUAUUGCGCCCUGGUAAUGAUGAGCCUGCUCUUCAUAGCCUGGUUCUUGUACUUCAAGCGAAUGACACGUUUGCGUCUGCGCGACGAGCUAGCCCGUUCCAUUAGCACCGCAACGAAUUCGUCCGGCGAUCUGCGUGGCCUGCGUUUCCGGAAGCGCGACAAAAUGCUCUUCUACGGCCGGCGAAUGCUGCGCAAAGUGAAAAACGUGAGCGGUCAAAUGUACAGCAGCGGUAAGGGCUACAAGCGUCGGGCUGUGAUGCGUUUCGCGCGAAGGAUACUCCAGCUGAGGCGGGACAAUAUGCCGCUGGAGAUGCGCACCGUGGAGCCGCCAGCCGAGUAUCUGGAGGAGACAAUCGAGGGCAGCGAUAGAGUUCCGCCCGAUGCGCUCUAUAUGCUCCAGAGCAUUCGCAUCUUUGGCCAUUUCGAGAAGCCCGUCUUUCUGCGGCUCUGCAAGCACACCCAACUGCUGGAACUGAUGGCCGGCGACUAUUUGUUUAAGAUAACCGAUCCGGACGAUAGCGUCUAUAUCGUCCAGUCGGGCAUGAUCAAUGUGUACAUCUCCAAUGCCGAUGGCAGCACGCUGUCAUUGAAGACGGUCAGGAAGGGCGAGUCGGUGACGUCGCUGCUCAGCUUUAUAGAUGUCCUGUCGGGGAAUCCCAGCUACUACAAGACGGUCACCGCCAAGGCCAUUGAGAAAUCGGUGGUCAUUCGUCUGCCCAUGCAGGCAUUCGAAGAGGUGUUCCAGGACAAUCCGGACGUAAUGAUUCGCGUCAUCCAGGUGAUUAUGAUCCGGCUACAACGCGUACUGUUCACCGCUCUGCGCAACUACCUCGGUCUGAAUGCCGAACUGGUGCAGAAUCACAUGCGCUACAAGAGCGUAUCCACAAUGAGUGGACCGAUCAACUCGCAGACCUCGCAGUCCUCACGCCAGGCGCCCAAUGGGCCGCCCAUGGUGAUCAACCAGAUGAAUCUAAUGCAGUCCGCUGCUUCGGGAACGGGAUCGGGUGUCUCGGUGACAGUUACUCGACCACCACCUUCGCCAUCGCGACACUCGCGCGAGGAGCACACGCUGUCCGAUCCGAAUCCGAAUCCGGAUGGUAGUUUUCACGGAACUACCAAUCUGUUCACCGAGGUGCAUGGCGAUGCGCCCAAUGCAGAUCUAUUCCACCAGCAGCAGCAGCCCUCGGUGGGCAACCUAUCCACGCGUCGCAGUUCCAUAACUCUGAUGGCGCCCGAUGGUUCGCACUCGUGUCCACAGACACCCGGUGUGACAACCUCGAUAGACAUGCGCCUGGUGCAAUCCUCUGCGGUGGACAGCCUGCGCAAGGAGUUGGGUCUGUCCGAGGAGGAUUCCCACAUCAUUGAGCCUUUUGUAGAGCUGCGGGAACUGGAGCCCAAUGUCACCCUGAUUACCGAGGGCAAUGCGGACGAUGUUUGCGUUUGGUUUGUGAUGACGGGCACAUUGGCUGUUUACCAGAGCAAUCAGGAUGCCACGCGUGCCAAGCAGGAUAAGAGCGACAUGCUCAUCCACUUUGUGCAUCCCGGCGAAAUCGUUGGCGGACUGGCCAUGCUAACGGGAGAGGCCAGUGCGUAUACCAUACGAUCGAGGAGCAACACCAGGAUAGCCUUCAUCCGACGAGCAGCGAUAUACCAGAUCAUGCGACAACGACCACGCAUUGUUCUGGAUCUGGGCAACGGAGUAGUACGCCGCCUAUCGCCUCUGGUGAGGCAGUGCGACUACGCCUUGGACUGGAUCUUCCUAGAAUCGGGCAGAGCUGUCUAUCGGCAGGACGAGAGUAGCGACAGCACAUACAUUGUGCUCAGCGGUCGAAUGCGUUCGGUGAUCACGCAUCCUGGUGGCAAAAAGGAGAUCGUCGGCGAAUACGGCAAGGGGGAUCUUGUGGGCAUCGUCGAAAUGAUCACGGAAACGUCGCGCACCACGACGGUGAUGGCUGUGCGCGACUCGGAGCUGGCCAAGCUGCCCGAGGGCCUGUUCAAUGCCAUCAAGCUGCGCUACCCCAUCGUGGUGACCAAGCUGAUUAGCUUCCUUAGCCACCGCUUCCUCGGCUCGAUGCAGACGCGCUCGGGCAGCGGGGCGCCGGGCGCGCCCGUCGAGGCCAAUCCCGUCACGCACAAGUACUCCACGGUGGCCCUGGUGCCCAUCACCGACGAGGUGCCGCUGACGCCCUUCACCUACGAGCUCUACCACUCGCUCUGUGCCAUAGGACCCGUUCUCCGUUUGACCUCCGAUGUGGUGCGCAAGCAGCUGGGCUCCAACAUCUUUGAGGCAGCCAACGAGUAUCGUCUGACCUCGUGGCUGGCACAGCAGGAGGACCGGAACAUCAUCACCCUCUAUCAGUGUGACAGCUCGCUGAGCGCCUGGACACAGCGCUGCAUGCGACAGGCCGACGUUAUCCUGAUCGUGGGCCUCGGCGAUCGCUCCCACCUGGUCGGAAAGUUCGAGCGCGAGAUCGACCGGCUGGCGAUGCGAACGCAGAAGGAGCUCGUCCUGCUAUAUCCGGAGGCCACCAAUGCCAAGCCGGCCAACACGCUUAGUUGGCUAAAUGCCCGACCCUGGGUGACCAAACACCACCAUGUGCUAUGCGUCAAGCGGAUCUUUACGCGCAAAAGUCAAUACCGCAUUAAUGAUCUCUACAGUCGCGUCCUGCUGUCCGAGCCGAACAUGCAUUCCGACUUCUCGCGCUUGGCCCGCUGGCUUACGGGCAACUCGAUUGGCCUGGUGCUGGGCGGCGGAGGAGCGCGUGGAGCUGCCCACAUUGGUAUGCUGAAGGCCAUCCAGGAGGCGGGCAUACCUGUUGACAUGGUGGGCGGCGUCAGCAUCGGUGCCUUGAUGGGAGCUCUAUGGUGCUCGGAUCGUAAUAUCACCACGGUAACGCAGAAGGCGCGCGAGUGGUCAAAGAAAAUGACGAAAUGGUUCCUACAACUACUUGACCUCACCUACCCGAUCACAUCGAUGUUCUCCGGACGGGAGUUCAACAAGACGAUCCACGACACUUUCGGGGACGUGAGCAUCGAGGACCUGUGGAUACCCUACUUCACCCUCACCACCGACAUAACCGCCAGUUGCCAUCGCAUUCACACCAAUGGAUCUCUGUGGCGUUACGUACGCUCCUCCAUGUCGCUCAGUGGCUACAUGCCGCCGUUAUGCGAUCCUAAAGAUGGGCACCUCUUGCUGGAUGGCGGCUAUGUGAAUAAUCUGCCAGGCCACCUGUGGCGGUACUGCCGCGCCAGCAUGUCGAUUGCCGGCGUCUUCCCACCAUUUUGUGAUUACCGCGACGGCCACCUGCUGCUCGAUGGCUGCUACACGAACAACGUGCCAGCCGAUGUGAUGCAUAAUCUGGGGGCUGCUCAUAUAAUCGCCAUCGAUGUGGGAUCCCAGGAUGACACUGACCUGACCAACUACGGCGACGACCUGAGCGGCUGGUGGCUGCUCUACAAGAAAUGGAAUCCCUUCACGUCGCCUGUGAAGGUGCCCGACCUGCCGGACAUCCAAUCCCGACUAGCCUAUGUGUCCUGCGUGCGCCAACUAGAGGAGGUCAAAAACUCCGACUACUGCGAGUAUAUCCGACCGCCGAUCGAUAAGUACAAGACUCUAGCCUUCGGCAGCUUCGACGAGAUUCGCGACGUGGGCUAUGUGUUUGGCAAAAACUACUUCGAGAACAUGGCCAAGGCGGGUCGAUUGGGCCGCUUCAAUCAGUGGUUCAACAAGGAGCCACCCAAGCGGGUUAACCAUGCCUCCCUCAACGAGUACACGUUCAUCGAUCUGGCGCAGAUCGUGUGCCGUCUGCCGGAGACAUACGCCGUGAAUACCGCGGAACUCUUUAGCGAGGACGAAGACUGUGAUGGCUACAUUUCGGAGCCGACCACACUGAAUACGGAUCGGCGACGCAUCCAGGUGUCGCGCGCUGGCAACUCGUUAUCCUUCUCCGAAACGGAAAUGGACUCGGACGUGGAGCUUGACCUGAAGCUGGAACGCAAGAUGGACAAGUCCACACAGUCGUCGCCGCCGACGAGCAGCAGGACGGACAUGCGCGGCAAGGAAGAGGCUAAACAUAUGGCUAAUUGGCAUUGGGGUGUCAAGCACAAGGAUGAGACUGGCAGCGGAGCCACUGUAGCCACACACACACAGACUGGUCAGGAGCAGGAACUCCAGCAGCAGCAGCAGCAGCAGCAGAAGCUGCAGCAGGAUCAGGGAGCUAGGGCUGAGCAGCUGGUGGAUAUGGAUAAGGAGGAGGACAAAGAGAACAGAAGUAGCCCGAAUAACGAAACCAAAAACUAGCUAUAUAUAGACAAACAAAACAAAUACAAAUGCAAAAUCGAUGCGUGUAUAUCUACUCAACAAGAAGCAUUAACAAGCCGGAGGACGAGGUGCCUUUCGCUUGCCAGACGCCCAACGGCACAAGGUCCCGCCCCCCACUUCACCAAGAAAGCAACCGCAACUACUCAAUCAUCCAAUCUCCAACGAAACGAAGUAAAAUAGCAAUGACAAGGAAAAUUGUUAACCUAUAGGUUUUAUAGCAACCAAGACUUAGGCUUAGCUUAGCGUAUGAAACGAUUAACACAAUCCAUGCAUCCACUCCUUCUCAUUCACCUAACCACACCAACCCACACCCAUUGUAAUGGAGGCACAAGAAGUCCACAAACUUUGUAUAUACAUAUAGUUAUAUAUUUUUACUGAAGCAACCGAUAUUGUAGCCCCGAAAUUGAUACUCCCUCGCAAUGAACUCCCUUAAUUCAGCCCCAAAAUUGCCGCACACUCUUGUAGUCUCUCUACUAUCUUAGGUAACAAAUUGUUUGUUUAAUGGUCGGAUUUUUUUUGUAAAUGCAAACAAAUAAAUUUAAAAUGGAAGUACAAACAGA